AUGUCACUCAUUAAUGACCCACUGUACUUAAUCCACAUCAGUCGCAUCAAGUUCCUCAGAAUGGAUGAACGUGGCGAACGCAUCAUCUCGUUUCCACCAACGGUCAUGUCUGACGAUUAUGUUCGUUUAGCUGCACCGGUUUAUCCUGAAAUGCAGUACUGUUAUUCUCCAGUCUACGAUACAUUUCUCAACAAUGAAGGCCAUGCUACAGCGACGAACAUCACAAGCAGCCCUCGUACAACAAAACGAAACUAUAGACAGCGGAAACCAGUGACUAAUAUUCCCAACAUAAGAUACAAUCAAUACAUGGCAUCAGGCGUUGGUGGUGCUGGUAAUGGUGCUCUCACUACUACUGCUGCUGCUGCUAUGGUUGCAGGUCAUACCAUGGGCAGUAGAGUACAAGAAUCUACAACAGAUAGUGAGGACGAUGAUAUUGAAGUGGAUAAACAAUCAAUGUCUUCCAACUCUGGUAGGAAACCCGUUCACCAUGAUUUGAUAUCACCAGUAGCUGCUGCUGCUGGCCCAUUGACCAUGGGUACAGCAGGAUCAGUGUCGAAAAACACUGCAUCUUCAUCUGCUGGGCCCUCAACAGCAGUAGUGCAUCGAUCAUUUCCAAAUACAUCGCUCCACCCUUCUGUUGAUUCAGCCAUUGAUCCCUCUCCACGAUCCUCGAUAGACGAUAAUGCGCAUCCUGCAUUCACAGCACUGACACCACAUACAGUGACUGAUGUAAACGAGACAAAUUCGACAAAUGAGGAACCACUGCCUUCCAGCGCAACCACUAUCAAACCAACCGUUAACAUACCUCCUGCACCUCCUCUCGAAUAUACCAAAAAGAAUCUUGCACUCACAUCAAAAGCAAAGUCCUCCUCUGCUCUUUCAGCAUUGAUUGCAGAGAAGGCGACAGCAGCUGAAAACCCAUUUACUGAAUACUCGUUUGUCUCUGGCAAAGGCGAGUCCAAAUCCAUCAAACUAUGCGUCUAUUUACCUACUUCCAAUCAACCUUACACACCGGUAUAUUUGGUGGUACGACCAGACGCUAUUACAGACGAUGUUAUUGGGUACAUUUUGUAUGAUUAUGUUGAACAAAAGCGUGAGCCUGAAUUGGAUGAAGCAGCGUACGAUUUAGCGGAAUGGGUUUUGCUGAUUGCCGAGGACGAUGGAGAGAUUGAAGACGAUUUACCUGCGAUCGAUCGUACUCGCAAUAUAGGACGUGUGUCGUUUGACCAGUUUGCCCUCUGUCGUGCAACACCAUCACAAGCGAAACAAAAUGACAUUGAUCGUGCAAGGAUGGGAAGAAGCAAGCCGGAUCUAGAGACAUUGAGAAAGAAAAAGGCCGCAAUGACAUCGCCCUCUGUCCUUACAGCAAACGCACAACAACGGCAUUCGGAGGAUCAUCACCAUCCGCAAGCACAAUCUACUGAUAACAAUGACGCUGUUCAUUUCGAAAUGUCACCACCCUACGCUAACAUGACAUCGGAUGAAAGUGUGGCACAAACCUAUACAACGCAUUUAAUGCAACAGCAACAACAUCAGGAACCCGAUGCUUCCACUGUAGCGGUGCCUGUGCCUUCGUCCAAGGCAAAAUUGACAAAAGCUACCAUGCCAAUGAAACCACUGAAGGAUUUCAAGAUCAAAUUGAUGACCAGUGAUGAAGUAUCUGCCACCACCUCUAUUCCGGUUUAUGCGGACAUGUUUAUCGGCGAUGUUCUGGAACUCGUGUCGAGAAAGAGAAAACUGGAUCCCAAUCAGUAUAUGCUGACGAUUGGAGAUUCGAAUAUCAUUGUGCAGAAUGACACUACUGUCGAGAGCUUGAAGGGUAUCACGGAUCUAACAUUUACAAAGAAAAACACCGCUUUAUCAGUUCCUGCUAGUUCUACACAUCUCUGGAGGUCGCCCAUCAAGCGCAAAAAGGAUGAGGUCAAUCACCCAAUGUAUUUCUCAACGACGGAAAGCCCAACAGCAGGUCCAUCGGCAGCCAAUGCCAAUGAAGGUUUAUUCUCCCAGUACAAGAAAUACAAUGUUAGUCGAAAGAUGCCCAUGUUUGUGAGUAAACGAGUUUAUAUUCUGGCCAUUGAUGGUGAUUAUAUUCAUCUCAUGCCACCAGAGCAUAAAGGCAUGUGGGAUUCUGUGAAAACUACAUCUUUUCACGCAAGCGCUGUUCGAUCCUGCAAGCAAAGCAAAAAGGUGCCGACCAACUUUAAAAUUGCGAUCCUCAAGGAACGAGAUUUCAAAACAUAUGAUUUGGAGGCAGAAAAUGCCAAAGAAGCAAGUGAGAUUUGCGCAAGGAUCAGAUUACUUAUGCAAGUGACGAAGGGCGUGUGA